AUGGGAAAACCCGACCCCGAUGGGGCAACGAACAAGCGCAAGGAGCACAGAAGUCACGUCAAAGGUGGCAAAGUGACGAAGGACCAUGACCGGAAGAAGAAGCUCGGCACGCUGACGAAGGAGCCGCAAGAUAUCAAUCGCGCGCGCAAGGGCUACACAUUCAAGUCGGCGAAGCGGGCGAAUCAGGCCGUUCGCAGGGCGGCCGAUCAAAGCGAGCGCAAAAAGCACAUCCCGUACGUCAACCGAACGCCGCUGAUCCCUCCGCCAAUCGUCGUGGCCGUUGUCGGGCCUUCCAGGGUCGGCAAAAGUCUGUUGAUCCGCGGCCUCGUCAAGAACUACAUUCGCGGAUCGAUCAGUCAAAUCAAGGGCCCGGUCACGAUUGUCACCAGCAAAUUGCGGCGCGUCACUUUCAUCGAGGUGAAAAAUGACAUUAACCACAUGAUCGAUGUGGCAAAGGUAGCCGAUUUGGUGCUUCUAAUGGUCGACGCUUCGUACGGGUUUGAGAUGGAACACUUCGAAUUUCUCAAUAUCUGCCAGGUUCACGGGAUGCCGCGCGUGCUUGGCGUGCUCAACCACCUCGACGCCAUCCCCAAAUUGUCCAAGCAGAAGAAGGUGAAAAAGCAUCUGAAGCACCGCUUCUGGACCGAGGUGUAUCAGGGCUGCAAGCUCUUCUAUUUGUCCAAGUUGCACCACGAGAAAUACCUGCCGACCGAGCUCAGAAAUUUGGCCAGAUUUAUCACCGUCAUGAAAUUCCGGCCAAUGCCCUGGCGAGAUGCUCAUCCCUACGUGCUCUGCGAUCGUUUUGAGGACAUCACGGACCCAGAGACGCUCCGCCAAGCACCGAAAGCGGACCGGAACAUUUGUCUUUACGGCUACGUUCGCGGCGCCCAAUUGAAAGAUCUCUCGGCGGUGCACAUCCCCGGGAUGGGCGACAUGCGCAUCACCUCCAUCACCUCAAUGUCAGACCCGUGCCCGUUUCCGGAUAACCUGAAGAAGCGCGGGCUGAACGAGAAGGAACGGCUGAUGUACGCCCCGUUCUCGGGCCUCGGCGGUAUCGUCUACGACAAAGACGCUGUCUACGUCGACACGAAAGGAUCGCAGCUCUUUUCGAAAACUCGCAAACGCGACGAACUCGUGCAAGCGCUGGAAAAUAUCAAGUCCGGCAUCGACGACAAGAUGGAGGGGGCCGAGCUGAGGCUUCUCGGCGACUCUAGGAAUGCGGUGCAGCAGGAUUCUGGUGACGAAGAGGACGACCUUGCUGGUGAUGACGAUGAGGGGGAGUUCGAUAAGCUGUCCGAUGCGGAUUUUGGCAGUGAUGAGGAAAUGGAGGACGAUGACAGCGACGCAGACGACGAUGAUGACGAAGACGACGGCGAGCUGUUCAAAGUCAGACGACCGCAAAUGCUGAAGAACGCAGCUGAGAAGGAGGACUGGAAGGAGGUCGGCGAGCGCGCCAAUCAGCUCUACAUCGCCUCCAAGUCGAAAUUCGUCAAUUGGAAUAACCUGGUCUACGGCAAUGAGCUUGAAAUGGCCGACGAAAAAGAGGAAGAUAAGCCCGAGCUUGCUGCCGGGCUGUUUAUGAUCAAACGCCGCGACGCGCUGAAGAAGAGCUUCGAGGAACAGGACGACGGCUUCUGCUACAACACCUUCCCGUCGACUUCAAAGGCGACGAGAGACUGGGGUGAUGAGGAGCAAAGGGAUUCCAUCCGUGACUGUUUCGUUACCGGAAAAUGGGAUGAGGACGCGCAGGAGGAGCAUAAAUUGAAGGCCGAAAUGGGCGACGAGGAGGACGACGUCUGGGACGCGUUCGACCUCGAUUCUGAUGGAAAUUCAGUGAAGGAGGAGCCGGAAGAGGACGAGGAAGAUGCUGACGAUGGGGAUGAAGCCGGAGAGGAUGGCGAUGAAGAAAAUGGAGAAGCUGACGGGGAAGAAGAAGAAGAAGGGGAAACUACCCGUCCCGGCAAGAGGAAGGGACACAAGGUGAAAUUGCGCAACCUGAUGGAGCCGGAGAACGACGAGAACAACGAGUACUACAACAACCUCAAGGCCGAACUCGACGCCCAGGCCACGCUCAACAAGCACGUCUUCGAGGGUCUUGACGACGACGCGCGCGAAAAAUUGGAGGGUUUCCGCGCGGGCCAAUACGUGCGCAUCGCCUUCGAGGGCGUCCCGUGCGAGAUGGUCGACAACUUUGACCCCACGUCCCCGUAUAUCAUUGGCGGGCUGCUGGCCGGCGAGCAAAAUAUUGGUGUUGUGCAGGUUCGCCUGAAGCGUCACCGCUGGUACGAGCGGCUUCUGAAGUCUCGCGAUCCGCUGAUUAUCAGUUGCGGCUGGCGCCGCUUCCAGACGAUUGCCGUCUACAGCAUGCAGGACCACAACAUGCGCCAGCGUUUCCUCAAAUACUCCCCGGAACACAUGCAUUGCCACGCGACAUUCUGGGGCCCGAUCACACAGCAAAACACUGGCUUCAUCGCCGUGCAGAGCGUCUCCGAGAAGAUGAAAGGGUUCCGCAUCUGUGCGACCGGCGUCGUGCUCAACCUCGACAAGAACCACCAGGUGGUGAAGAAGCUGAAACUCGUCGGCACCCCCCACGAGAUCCACAAGAAGACGGCGUUCAUCAAGGACAUGUUCACGUCCCAGCUCGAGGCCGCCAAGUUCGAGGGUGCCAACGUGCGCACCGUUUCCGGUAUUCGCGGCGAGAUCAAGAAGGCCGUCCCCCGGCCUUCUGGCAACGUCCGCUGCACGUUCGAGGACAAGAUUCUGAUGAGCGACAUUGUCUUCCUGCGCAGCUGGGUCACGGUCCCGAUUCCGCACUUCUACACGGCCGUCAUCGAUCGACUCAUGGCCGCCGAGGCCAAGUGGGAAGGCAUGCGCACUGUGGGCCGCAUCCGCCACGAGCUCGGCCUCAAGCCCGAGAUGAAGAAGGACAGCGAUUAUCGGGAAGUGGAACGCGUCGGCUUCCGUGCCCCUGCGCUCAAGAUCCCGAAGAAGCUCGAGGCCGAACUGCCCUACGCCCUGAAGCCAAAGCAUGUGGGCAGGACGGGCAAACCGCGAGCAGAUGACAAGCUGAUCGCCAAGCACACGGCCGUCCUGCUCGAGCCGCAGGAUGCGAAGCGAGAGCGGCUGAUGGGCAUGCUGCGAAAGCUUCAUCAGGAAAAACAAGCCAAGGACAAGGCUUCACAUGACGUCGCUCGAGCCAAGCACAAAAAGGAGCUGAACGCCUUCCAGGCGAAACGCGAGCGCAACAUCAAGCUGCACAAGAAGGCCAUCUGCCGCCGAAUGAGCAAGCAGGAGCAGGUCAAGGUGCGCAAGGCCAUCACCGGGCUCAAGGACGGCGCUAGCAAUGACCACAAGAUGAUCGGGCUCGAAUCUUGGUUUGCGAAUUUCAGCCAAAUAUCGCCGAGUUGGAUCACCGCCGAAACGUUAGCCGAGAUCCCGAGACCGUUUUUGGAAUAUUCAAUCUGGGGCCUGUUGAAAGGAGUUCAGGGCGCCUCGAUAAUAGGCGGCAUGUUCGUGCACCCCGUCUAUCGAUUCUAUCUCACGCGCCAGUUAACACCCGAGACGACCACUUCUAAUUCCCACAAAAUCAUCAGAAAUAAAUGUCGCCGGCUACAGGGCCGCUUUCUACUCGCCGGGCUCGCCCUGGGCCCAAUAGUCAGCUACGUCCACGCGCAGACGAUGAGCACGUCGGAGUUGCGAGCCCGAUGUUACGAGAUACGCCGGGAUGCCGAGGGGUUGACGAUGGAUCGUCUGACGUUCGUCUGCGGCAUGAUCGGGUGGUACUGGCGGCGUUUCCAGGGAGCCGUCGACGGCGUGAAUUUGGCUGUGGUUGGCGCGCUGGCCCAUCGGAAGUUCGUCGCCCCCUACACAACCCCAAUACUCCAGGACGCGAUUCCCGUCGAUCGACAGUACACGACGGUGGAAGAGGGCACGCUGAAAGCCUCGUCUCGCCUCAAGCAAUUCCUGCACCAAGUCGAGCGCACAAAGGAA